AUGAAGAGCCCAAGUAGUGUGAAGGAGGUGCAGCGCCUGACGGGGCGGAUUGCAGCCCUAUCCAGGUUUCUCCCUCAUUCGGGCGACAAAUGGACUCCGUUCUUCAAAUUCCUCAAGAAGAACGCGACGUUUGAAUGGAGUUCGGAAUGUGAAGAGGCCUUUAACCGCCUUAAAGAAAUGUUGUCCGCACCGCCCGUUCUAUCGAAGCCUGUCCAGGGUCUUCCUUUGCACUUGUAUCAGAAGAUAGAGAAGGCGGCGCUCGCCAUCCUCGUUACCGCCAGACGCUUAAGACCUUACUUUCAAAGCUUUCAGGUAAAAAUAAGGAUUGAUCUUCCUCUGAGACAGGUGUUGCAGAAGCCAGAUUUGUCAGGAAGACUCGUCGCGUGGUCGGUUGAGUUAUCAGAAUACGGUUUGCAAUAUGACAAAAGGGGGAAGGACGGUGAGAAGGUAAGCACGCAAUGGACGUUGUUUGUUGAUGGGUCAUCGAACGACAACGGAAGUGGAGCAGGGGUCACGCUACAAGGGCCUAGGGAGCUAGUGUUAGAGCAGUUCCUCAGAUUCCAGUUUAAAGCCAGCAAUAAUCAGGCAGAGUAUGAGGCUCUGAUCGCAGGUCUUAAGCUAGCAAUUGAGGUGCAAAUCGAUAGUUUGCUGGUUAGAACGGACUCGUUGUUAGUAGCAAACCAAGUAAAUGGGGAAUUCCAGGUGAAGGAGCCGGCCUUGAUAAAAUAUCUGGAACGCGUACGGCUAUUGAUGGGUCGAUUGCAAGAGGUCGUAGUUGAGUUCGUGCCAAGGGCACAGAAUCAAAGGGCGGACGCCCUGGCAAAAUUGGCAAGCACUCGGAAGCUUGGAAAUAAUCGAAGUGUGAUCCAAGAGACGCUCGCCAAUCCUAGCAUAGAAAGAGAGUUGGUGGCCUCAGUUGACCGCCAAGAAUGGAUGGACCCCAUCGUAGACAUCUUGGCGGGAGAACCAAGUGAGGUAGUGAAGUACUCAAAGGAACAAAGGAGAGAGGCGGGACACUACACAUUACUCGAUAGGAUACUCUUUCGACGAGGAUUUAGUUCGCCCCUCCUGAGGUGUCUUCCACCUGGGAAAUAUGAGGCUGUUAUGGCAGAGGUUCACGGGGGGGUUUGCGCUAGUCACAUCGGAGGAAGGUCUUUGGCAAGCAAAGUCCUCAGGGCAGGUUUUUAUUGGCCCACAAUAAGAAAAGACUGUGCAGAGUUCGUGAAGAAAUGCGAAAAGUGUCAGGUAUUUGCAGACUUGCCCAGGGCCCCGCCGGAACAAUUGGCCACGAUUAGCUCCCCAUGGCCUUUCGCCAUGUGGGGCGUUGACCUCGUCGGGCCUUUCCCCAUAGCCAGGUCACAGAUGAAGUUCAUCCUCGUAGCGAUAGAUUACUUCACCAAAUGGGUGGAAGACGAGCCCCUCGCCAGCAUUACUGUGGUCAAGAUCGUAAGUUUUUACUGGAAAAGAAUCGUAUGCCUAUUUGGGGUACCAAGGGAAAUCGUUUCAUAUAAUGGGACGUAG